UGAUUUGUAGAUUUAAAAGGAACAGUAAGUAUGACGCGAUUGUUAGAAAAAUGAUUACUGUUAUAUAAGCAUUGUUGUCCACUUUUACUGUUUUUUUUUUCCUUGAAAUAGCCACUAGUAAUGAAAUAGUCAAUUAUUAUAGUAGAUAAAUAAGGUAUGUUGAUAAUAUUUUUGGUAUUUUUAGAGGUGUCAUUUAUCCCCUUAUUUAUCCAUGUAGCUCCAUCUGAAUUUAUUUAUUUUUUCUCCUUUUAUUAGAAAUUAGGCAAAAAAACGACAUUUAGGUAAUCAAUUUACAUUAUUCCAUAAUUCAAAAUUAAAAAGAAAUUUCCAGAGCCAUCUAGAUGGAAACACGAAAAAAAAUAAUCAACUUGAAUACCUACUUUAAAUUAUAUUUAUAAUAACAAAAAUGAAUUCGCGAACUUCAAGUUUUUCUUCUAUAUCCGAUUUAUUCCGUCCUAACAAUCCUAAAGGUCUUCGAUCUAGGGAUCUUAGUAGUACUCGUUUAAAUAUUUUGAAAAAAGAAAUACAAACCGAUGCGCAUCUUAUACCGUUACACGAAUUGUAUUCUUCACUCGAUACUAACCCUGCAGUAGGUUUGACAAGUGAAAGAGCUAAAGAAUUAUUGGAAUAUUACGGUCCUAAUACCUUAACUCCAGCUUCGCAAUAUGGAUGGACUCGCAUGUUAUUGAAAUCAUUAUGCACAGGUUUUUCUAUUUUAAUUUGGUUGGGAGCAAUUUUAUGUUUGACUGCAUACCUUAUCGAAGUAUUUACUAAACCACAUCCAAGUACUGACAACUUAUAUUUGGGAUGCGUGUUAAUUGCAGUCGAUGUUAUUUGCGGACUGUUUAGCUUUCUGCAAAACUAUAAAAGUUCUAAGAUAAUGAAAACCUUCAAUAACAUGAUACCAAUGAAUACAAGUUGUAUUCGGGAUGGAGUCAUGAAUGUGGACACUCCGGUUCGUGAUUUAGUGAAAGGAGAUAUCAUUCAUGUCAAGGCUGGUGAUGUUAUCCCGGCAGAUAUUCGUAUUAUCGAUAGUAAAGGCUUUAAAGUGGAUAAUUCAUCAUUGACGGGAGAAUGCUUAGCUGUUCCACGUAGCAACACAGAAGGUACUCCUAACAUACUUGAAUCGCAAAAUGUGGCAUUCUUUUCUGCAUUAUGUGUGGAGGGAUGGGCAAAUGGUGUGGUGAUAUGUUGUGGAGAUUUAACUGCACUAGGUCGUGUUGCGGGUCUUGCUGCGAGAUUACAACCAGCCCCGUCUCCUUUGUCGCGGGAAAUUCGUCUCCUAAUGAGAUAUAUGUCUGUAUGGGCGUUGAGCUUAGGUCUCUUUAUUGCCAGUGCGUCGCUAGCUCUUGGAUACCCGUUUAUGCAAACAACUAUAUUUGUGAUAGGCAUUGUCGUGGCCAAUAUUCCAGAAGGCUUACAACCAACGGUAACUGCGUCUUUGACAUUAACAGCGAAACACAUGGUAACAAAAAAUUGUCUUGUGAAAAAUUUGGAAGCCAUGGAAGCUUUAGGUGCUUGUACCACAAUAUGUUCGGAUAAAACUGGUACCCUUACGGAAAAUAAAAUGCGUGUCCGCCAUAUUUGGAUUGGAAAUAAAACUUACACACUCUCGGAUUCAGAAAUGGGUAGAAAACAAUUUAUUAAAAAUUUAAUGCUAUUAGUUAAAAAUAUUCAUGAACAACCUAAGUACCUACUGCCUAUUUUUACCUUUUUUUUAAAGCCUUCAAAAUAUUCUCAUCAACAUUUCUAUUCAUUGUUUUCAGAACAAUUGAAAAUAAACCCAGCUUUCCACAGUUUAAAAGUCUGUGGCGCGCUUUGCAGUAACGCUACGAUAAAUGGGAACGGGUAUAUUCAGGGCGAUGCUUCAGAAAAAGCUAUAUUAAAUUUCUUGUCCCAGUGCGAUAACCCAGUUUCCAUUAGAAAGGACUUUCCAAAACUUACGGAAAUUCCUUUUAACUCAGUAAAUAAAUAUCAAAUCAGUAUUCAUUUAAAUAAAUCAACAUCAACAUGUGUUCUGGUAAUGAAAGGAGCGCCUGAAGUCAUAUUAGCUCGAAGCUCUACUAUCGCUUUCGACAACAAAACCAUUGAAACUACUCCAGAAAUAAAGGAAGUCAUUGAUAAUGCUAUUGAAGAAAUGGCAAACACGGGUGAACGUAUCUUAGCAUUUGCUGAUCUGCACCUAGAUCCUAAAGAAUAUCCAACGGGAUAUGAAUUCGAUGCUGAAGAUAUUAACUUCCCAGUUGAAAAUCUUCGUUUUAUUGGUUUAAUGGGUCUCAUCGAUCCACCGAGAGAAGAGGUACAAUCAGCGAUAGAAAGAGUUCGUGCAGCUGGGGUCCGCGUGAUAAUGGUAACCGGAGACCACCCAGCCACUGCCCGUGCAGUGGCCCUCGAAGUUGGGAUAGCCACAUCACCGAAAUGCCACGUGGUCACUGGCUCUGAAUUACGCAAUAUGACCCCGGAUCUUCUGUUUCUUACUUUGGAAAAGCAUUAUGAAAUAGUAUUCGCGCGUACUUCGCCCACACAAAAGCUUCAAAUCGUAGAAGCGUGUCAGAGGCAAGGCAGCGUGGUAGCUGUUACAGGCGAUGGUGUUAAUGAUGCUCCUGCACUCAGACGGGCCGAUAUUGGUAUAUCCAUGGGCAUCACUGGAUCACAGGUAUCAAAACAAACUGCUGAUAUUAUUUUGAUGGACGAUAACUUUGCCACAAUCGUAACAGGCAUCGAGGAAGGACGAAAGAUUUUCGAUAAUUUAAAGAAAUCAGUUUGCUACAUCCUUAUAUCCAACGUACCGGAAAUAAUACCAGUCUUGAUGUUCAUUCUAUUUUCAAUACCAUUACCACUAGGUGUUAUGACGAUACUUUGUGUCGACCUGGGUACUGACAUGUGGCCCGCGGUUGCCCUGGCCCACGAGCGAGCCGAGCAAGAUGUGAUGGCGCGGCCUCCUAGACACUGCGACCCUUUAGUAUCCUGCUCUAUGAUCCGAUUAGUGUAUGGACACUUGGGCCUCGUUGAAUUCGCAGCUGGCAUGUUCGCGUACUUUAUAGUGAUGGCUGAGCAUGGAUUUUAUCCUUACCAGCUAUUCGGAAUAAGGCAAAAAUGGGAUAAUGAGGCCGUCAGUGACGUGCAAGAUUCGCUCGGACAGGAGUGGACGUAUCCAGAGCGGAAAGAAUUAGAACGCGCUUGCCAAGCGGCGUAUUUCGUAGCGAUUGUUAUAACACAAAUGACGAAUGGAAUUAUUUGUAAAACAAGAUUCAAUUCCAUUUUUUACGUAGGUAUGAAGAAUAAAGCUCUUAACUUCGGAUUAGUUUUUGAACUUAUUCUUGCGUGUGUAGUAUGCUACGUCCCGGGAGUCAAUACCUUCUUUCGCGCUUAUCCUCUACGACUCAAAUGGUGGUUCCUAGCCCUCCCUUUUUCUUUAUUGAUGUUUAUAUUUGACGAAUUCAGAAAAUAUUGCAUACGUAGAGAAAAGUUUUCCGGUUGGUUUAAUAAGCUUACAUUUUACUAGUUUGAUUAAUAUGAUUAGGUUUAAAAUAAAUACUUAUAUUCUUCAUGGUGUUGUAACCAUUUCUUAAUAAUGAAA